AUGCCACCAUCUACCACCACCCAGCAGCCCCCCCACACGUCCUCCACUCCCCGGCGCCGCAUCGUCAUCGUCGUGGUGGGACCCCGUGGCGACGUGCAGCCGUACUGCAUCUUAGGGCAAGCCCUCACAGCCCGCGGUUACGACGUCACCAUCGCGACGGAAGCGCGUCUCAAGGCGCUGGUCACGGCAGAGUUUGGCCUCCCGUUUGCCCCGAUUGCAGGCGACGUGUUCGGAGGUCUGUUUGACAUUGAGUUCCAGCACCGUUUUCGAGUGGCGAGGUCCAUGAAAUGCCUAGAGAUGCUCACCGAGUGGAACGAUCGGUUCAAUAUAGACGAUGUAUUGGCGUCGUAUGUUUCUGCGUUGGCAGGAGCGGACGUGGUCGUGUGCGGGGGGGUGCUGUCGAUCGCGCAGACGUACAGCGUUGCCGAAAAGCACGGGCUGAAGUGGGUACCGCUAUUCCUCGGCACAUGUCCCCUCCCGACCAACGAGUUUCCCCACUGGGUGCUAGCCGGCGUGCCGUUCGGGUUUCUUUGCUCCAAUCACUGGUCACACUCGAUCGUUGCGUCCAAGGGAUGGCUUCAGCAACGCAAGCAUAUCAACAAGUGGCGGCGACACACGCUGGGGCUGCCCCCCAUCACAUCCCCCCUCGGUAUCGUCCACGCUAUGCAAACCAAUGACAACAUCACUAUCUACAAUGCCAGCUCUUUGUUGCUCUGUGGCCCUAAACGACAAGUACCUGCUGAUUACCCUCCACACAAAGUCGUGUACGGGGGUUUUCUCUUUCCAACUACUACUGCCUCGCCCCCCGCCACCAUCCCACCAGCCUCCACGACAAUGGCUAACAUCAAUAGCAGCAGCGGCAGUAGAUACAAUCCCCCUCCAAAGCAGCAGCAUCCAGGGUCGUCCACGUCCUUGCAACGAUUCCUCAAAACAAGGACAACAUUGCCCGUGAUUUACAUUGGGUUUGGCGAGAUGCCGACCAUGGAGCCGUUGCCGUUGCUGCAACUCGCCCUUCACGUGUGCCACGCCGUCAAGUGUCGCGCUGUGGUUGCCGCUAGCUGGGCGGAAUUCAUGCCUCCCCCCUCUCCCCGUUUGUGGUUGUUUCCUCAAAUGAGCUGCAUUGUGCACCACGGUGGCUUUAGCACCACCACCAUCGCACUACGCAGUGGCGUGCCACAGAUUCCGUGUCCUGUAAUCAUGGAUCAAUUCCACCACGCCAACAACAUGGUAGCUCUGGGGGUGGCCCCCGCCGUGGUGCACAAGGGGUCCCUCUAUGGGUCGUACGUAGCCAAACUCGUAACCCAAGUGCUCCGCAACGACAGAAACAUCCAAACCACAGCCAAAGACUUGGGCAAAUUUGUCAACACGGAAAGUUUCGACAACACGGACCGGUUCUGCGACUGGGUGGUCGCUGCCCCCCCAACGUUUGCCAGUCCCCCGUCUGAGCAACAAAGCGAUGGCGUGUUGGUGGCCCAACGUGGCCAUGAUCGCCGCAUGCCGUGCCCACCUGCAGGCCCAGACACGACUCCGGCACUCCCGCCGCUGCUCCGCACUACCACCCACGGGCAGCAUUCCCCCGCCGAUUCGGCCUCCGCGACACCCCACUCCCCGACCGUGGAAACCCACCUCCAGCAGCCUAACCACACCGCUUCCUUGGAGCCCGCCACACAUACAAUAGCUACAAACGCAGCUUUUUAG